GCGGGGUGUCCCGCCUGGUGUGCGGCCAUGCGCGGGGCCCGCGCGGUGCUGCCGCUGCCGCUGCCCCUGCUCCUGCUCCUGUUGUCGCUGCCCGCCCUCAGCCCUGCGGGCGCUUCCCAGCGCUCCGGCGGCAGCCGGUCUGUGAGUCGAGUGUGUGUGGAAAAGUCACUAAUUUUCAGAAGUAAUACCCCUUAUUCAACAGACAUCGUUUCUGAUCCUGGUGGACGAGAUCCACUCUUCUGUGUGCAGUUGGAUGACACAAAGCUGAACUAUUUUCAACAGCCACAGGAUAUCAAAGAAUCUGAUUUUGUGGAGUUCUUGGAGAAGUAUGGCAGGCACUCUUUCUUAGCACCAUCACAAGUUCAGCCAUCGUUCUCUGCUUUUUAUCGUGCUGGUGAUCCAAUCCUCAUCUACUAUGAUUCGUCAUCUGUAUUGAGCAUGCUUAGACAGCCAGUAAAAAUGGGAGCCAGUGGACUUUGUGUUGAUGGAAAUCCUGCUGGCUUCCUGGACAGUAAAAGCACAAGUUGUACUCGGAUUUUUGCCAACUUGAGCAAGAGCUGCAUGACUGACCCUGCCCUAGAUGCUGCUUCCUACUACCAUGACUUCACUGUGCUAAAGGUCCCAAUUAAUGACACCGUUAUGCCAUCCAUGAAGGUAAAUGUCACUGCAGUCUCACCACCUGGAGCUCCCCACAUGAAAGACAAUACAUGCACCAAUGUUGUUUCUCAGGUGAUCUAUGAGAUAGAAUAUAGUGGCACAAGUGGGAUUCAGAGUGUUUCUGUCCAGUUCAAAGUCAGCAAUAUCUCUGUGAACUCCGGAUCCUCUCUGCAGCAGCACUUCACCAUGCACUUCUGGACCAGGACUCUUUCUCAUAUGUUGCCUAGAAGUGGAAACCCUGGCUAUAAUACUGGAGCACCACUGUUGAUUGCAAACAGUGGUGCCAUGCAACAUAUGAGCAUAUUAAGGAGUGAAAGUGAUGGAAGUUGUUCACAAUUUCUCAGGCACAGAGUACAAUUUGGAAGGAAUAUGAGAACAGGCUGCAAAAUCAGCCUAUCCCCAACACUGGAAGACAGUAACUGUAGUUACAUACAGCAGAAGUUAUACAAGGCUUUUCAGGGGAUGAACAGAACAGAAGCCUUUGCUAUAACUGGCAGUGCUCAUUCAACCCAGGCAGAAGAGUGGAUGAACAUUCUGAUUCAGAACUGCAGUGUGCAGGCUGUGAAUUGCACUUCCUGUUGUAUGGUUCCUGUGACCCUGGAGAUACAGAUAUUGUGGACUAAAGUGGGCCUCCUAUCCAACCCACAAGCUCAAGUACUGGGUACACGGCACUUUUACCAGUGUCAGCCCCUCAAGUUUCUAAACAUGAGCAUGGUGCCUGUGACAACUGUCGUUACCUUCACUGACAUGACAGAUUGGCCAGAACCUCCACGAGGCCAGCCUCAAAUGCACUGGAAACUCCCAUUUGACAUCUUUUUUCCAUUCAAGGUAGCUCUGAAUGUAGAAAGAACUUACAGAGGUGAUCUGGCUGGGUAUUUGUUGUUGAUUCUAAUAAUGUCUAGUAUUUUCUGCUUUUGAAGUAGAUGGAGCCUGUAUUUAAAGUGUGGUGAGUGAAUUGAUAUAUUCAGGAUAUGACCCAGAUGAUGGACUUUUGUCAUCAGGUUUUUAUACCAUUUCUGUGAUAUCUGUGUGCCUUCUGGUCUUGAAUUAAGCCAUGUGGGCUGCUUGUCCUCUCACGUUCCUGUUCUUUGUAUAUGAACCAUCUGUGAACAUCACUGCAGUGACAUACUUGAGAAAUGUAGAGAUCCAGGGACAUCCAAGGAAGAGAACAUUAAAACUAUCAUUCUGUGUCCCCAGAAACCAAGAAUACUCUCUAAACUAGGGAGUAUGGAGAGAGAAGCAAAGUUCAAUCAAAGCAUUUUGGAGCUGCUUUCCUGUUGGAGAAGUAUUUGAUUUUUCUAUAUGGAACUAAUUGAACAUUUAAAAUACAGGAGCUCUCCCAGGGGGCCUGAAUUCUUAUGUUAUGAGUAAACGUGGACCAGUCACCCCUAACCUGUCCUUUUUAGAUGACAACUGCACCUCUGUGACAGUUUUGAAUCUUGCUUUUCUGUGUCUUUUCAAAUACAGAUAUUCAAUUGAAAUUUUCAUGGUUUAAUCACUUUUUACAUUAGCAACACUGUAGCACACAGCAAAGUAAUUGUAAAUGCUCUGAAAUACAGUUGAAUUUUAGUGGUUUGUCAAAACAUCUCCCUUCCUGAUCUUUUUUUUCCCCCUGGGAGAAAUGGGCCUGAAUGGAGUUUUUCCUAGAUAAGAAACAUUCCCUUGUUCCAGAUAGGAACUGAAAAUAACUGCUGAAAUUCUAGUAGCACAUCAGAGAGAUUUGUGAAUAGUUCUGAAGCUAAAACAUCGAAUAUUUUAGGAAAAUUUGUAGUUGUAUUAUGAGACUGAAGCUUGCUGCAAUAUCUUACCUCUGGCUCAAUCUCUGGGACCGGGAAAUAAAUUUAUUGCUUUUGAAGUUAAAGGUGGUCUGAUUAUCUAGACUGCCCUUUGCCAUCACACAGGAAAUCUGCUUAAUUUUCCAGGAAGCUGUUGGAUGAAAGUAUAUUCUUUUAGCAAAAGAUUUUAUUAUUCAUUUUCUUUGGAUGAUGGAAAAAUCUGCUCCAUCUCAUGUCAAGUGCUCCAAUGGAAUCAAUAAGGGCCAAAAAUUUCAGAGCCUAGUUUUAAUAAAAUGUAUUUAUUGCUUUUGUACCUAUACUGCACAUAGCAAGUCUGUUGCUUCUCCUCAUUACAAACUUAAAAAGGAAUGCAAAAAUAAACUGAAAAACUAGUAAUUAGUGAGGAUAUCAAAGGAGAUAACACAAGUAAAACAAAACUACAACCCAUCUAAAAGCUUCUGGGUUAAUGUCACAUAUUUAUCUUUGUCAUUAAUUGCAUAGUUUCUUAGCUGGGAACAAAUUCUGUGCCAAGUGUCUGCAGCGUCCAUUGAUUCCUGUUCUGAGACAGCCCAACCAAGCUGGUGUGAACCUUCAGAACUGUGUGCAUUCCAGUAUUACACAGGACUGUACCAUUACACAGUACAGCAACAACCUUUGAUUUUUAGAUAGAGGUGACUUCUCAGAUGUGCCUGUAAUACCUUUGAAUAGCUUUUUUCAGAACACAUUUGUAGUGUGUCCCAUGUCCUCUCAUGUCCCUAAUUUGUGGAAUUCAGGAAAUUAAUUUAGAGGUGACAGUAAAUGAAUUACAAAGGGUUAGCUGGAGAAACUUCCCAAAUGUAACAGGUCAAUGCUAAAUGUGUUGGGAUAGGGCUUGAAUAAAAAGGAUCUGCCAUCCUUGUUUUCUGCAUUACUGAGGUAAUUAACUUAGGUAUAACCACAGAGAUACUGUUCACUCUAUCGGCUGUAAAUACAUGAAAUGUUGUAAGAAUGCAUCAUCUUAUAUACUGUAAGUAUCUGUCAUAAUUCUCUAAUCCUCCAGCAUGUCCUAUUUUUUAGUUCACGUUUGUCAACUUUCAGAUCUUGUCAUAGCAAGAAAUAAGAGCUGGAAAGAGCCUUGUCCAUAUUCUGGUCCAGCCUGAAUUAAGACAUAUGCAAAUUCUAGCCACAUGACAGCAGUGCUUGUGGGUUUAAAAUCUGCAGUUUCCUUUGGCAGUGCGUUUUUGUGUCUACUUUAUCAUGUUGUGUUUUUCCCCCCUGCCUGAUGUGAAAUAGCCUGUGUUGCAGUUCAGUAUCAGGCAACAUUAUGACACUGUCACAGGCAAGGCAGACACAUAUGUCACAUGUACAGGAAUGGAGUGUUUGUACUCCAUGUCAAAGGGCUGAGACAAAGCUCUUUAGUUUCUCUGCUGCCAGCAUUCUAGCUAGAGCCAUCUUUCCCACAUCUCCCUUUUUUGAGGCAGUAACACUGUUUUACUCUGUCCGAGUGAAGACGAUCUUUACUAGGUAAUUUUUAACGUCCGUUCCAAACAUAACCCUCGUUUCUUUAGAAGACAUAAUUUUAAAUUUCAAAGCAGGAGCAAUUGUAGAAGCCAGGGGCGGGGCGGGGCCGGAAGCGACUGUGGCAGCGGAGAGCUGUGCCUCGCCGUGCAGAGUCAGGCGGGUGAGUGGGGCCGGGCCGAGCCAGGCAGCGCCGAGCUGAGCUGGUCACAGCGGCCGCGGCCGUGCCCGGAGCGGACAAGUGGGCUGGGCGUCGGGCGCGGGGCUGCGGCUCGACCCGGAGGGAAAGAAGUGAGCUCAGCCUUGGAGCUGCCGGGGUGCACCGUGCACGGCACGCCGCCGGUCCCUCGGCCACGCAGACUGCAGAGCUGCGCAGAUUCGGGUCAGAGCGUCACUGCUGCGGGGAGUUACUGGCAGUGUGAAACUGCAGUUUGAUCCCCUGCGAGCUCCCGACGAACUGAUAAGAGCUGCACGGGCCUCAUCCAUCCGGAGAUCUGUGAGAGCAGAGCUGUUGCUCCUCUAGAGGUUUAUUUUUCCUUGCCAGUCUCUUGUGCCUUACGUACAAGAUUUCUCCAUGUCCAAAGAAAGUAUUUAAACCCUCCUGACACUUGCAUGACAGCUAACAGUCACUCCCUAGGUUUUGACCCGACUUUGUGAUAAGCCUGUGUUCUUCACGUACUGUUUCUUCGCAGUAGACAGAACAGGGUCAGAUUAGAGGUUUUUUAAAAUAACCUGAUAGCUCUCUGGAAAGAGUAAUCAAAGGCUAGAUAAUGGAGAUUUAAGCAAAGCUUACAUGGUUUACCAGAAUUAUUUGACAACUGUUUUUACAUUAUGAAGUCAAGAGUUUUAUUUUUUCAAAUGAAAAAUAACUCAAAUAUUUCCAUACGCUUAUAAAAAUUUUCCACAUGCUCAGGCCUGUGCCAAUGCUGUACCCUAAAUUUGAUGGAUACUUGGAGUGCUUACCUUCUUCCUCGUCCCAUAUUUCCUCUUGAGAAGAAAUUUACAAAGGGUUAAAAUAAACUUUUAUUCUUUUCUGCUGUGUAGUAAACUAUUUAUGUUUCGUCACUUUGGAAACAAUAUUACCUGUUCCAUAUUUGUGUCUGUGAAUAUUUUUUGUUGAGUAAACUGCUUUGCUGAUUUUUUUUGGGCUGUAUUUCCUUGCUCUUCUAAGCUACUGUUUCGUCGUGAUUGUCAAAAAUUGUGUUCAAUAGCAAAGUAAGCAUCUUUCAGGCUUAGCUUCAGUAAUUCUUCAGCUGUUCUUAUUACAUGUUGUGUUACUAGGAAUACAAAAGCAGUGGUGUUUUUAUGGUUUUCUGCAGCAUCUGGGGAAGAAAACAUCUGAGAAUCACUGUGCAUGAUACUCUGAAAAGUCAGUUCAAGAUGUAGUGAAAAAAAAGUAAAUAGAAUAGUAGAAAUUAUCACUUAAGAAAUGAAAUGCAGAAUAAAAGACCAUAUUAUGCCAGUAUAUUAA